AUGUCCGUCACGGCGGCAGUACCGAAGCUGCCCUCCAUAGGUAUGCGCGGCGCUAACAAGCAGCUCGCCAGCAGACAGGACUCUCAGCAGCAUUCUCCUGCGACGGAGCAGAAGACGCAGGCAACCUUCACUGUGUCACUAGACGAUACUUCGCCUUUGGCAGAAGAAGCACUAGAUGUGCUCACCUGUAGCGAGGAGGAUUUCCAGCAGUGCCUCGAUACAAUCAAGGAAUCUAUACAGCACGAAUAUGUAACGUAUCCCAAGAAGAGACGUGCAAAGGGCUACACAAAACAGCAGACGGCUAAGAUGCACGCAGAGCUUUUGGUCCAGCAGCAGGCUCUGGCGCAAGCAAGUGAAAAGCUUCAUGUAAUGUUGGAAAGUCUAGAACAGAGGCUCGAUGCGCUGCGUCACGAUGAGGCGGUUCUGCACGAGUACUACAAUACCCUUGAUGAGUUGAUUGAGCGUGGUGAGGAUGUGCUGCGCAAGAAGAAUCAAUACCACCGAUGGCACCGUGAGUUAAGGCGUGACGGUCCGCGCCAGCGCUAUGCCUCAGAGCGGAUGUUCCUCGAGCACCGCCAGGAGAGAUUGCAGGCUCUGUUGCGGGAGGCUGAAGAGGAGGAGUGCGAUAUUGCACCCAACGAGGCCGAAGACGGCGCGUUGGGACGGAACUAUCGCAUGGCCAACGUGGACGGGGGGAAGAUGGAAGAGGUGUACGAGGAUGCCACCUCUGGCAGCAGCCCUGAGGCGCGGCUGCGCAUGCGGGCACUUAGGCCGCUGCUGCAGAAGGUCCAGGAGACGCGCAUUGUACCGCCGCUGCCGCCAUGGGGUGUGUCAUCGCGGCUGCGGAAGGAACUUAUCCUCCCCUUCUCGGCCCGUGUGCUCGCGCUGAAGAUGGAUGAGGGCAACAAUGCAGGAGACCGAUUUGUAGAGUGGUACAUCAACACUGUUAUUGAUCCCCUAGCGAUGGCACAGCUUGUGGAGCUGGUGCCCCGCGAGUACCUCGUGACGACUACCGUACGGCUCGCAAAGGCCUGUGAUACCUAUGUGCACUUGCGGCAGGCGCAGUCAUUACCGGAUGUGUCACACGUUGUUCUGCAGGCCGUCGCGGAGGGACGCCCGGACGCCGUCGCGUCGCUUGUGCUUUCACCGUCUGGCUCCUUCCUCCGCGCACUCGAGAGCAAAGAGCAUACGGGGAUCAUCUUCUUCGCGGCACUGAUAACUGGACAGGUAGAGGUACUGCGGCGUCUUAUGUCAGUCGGCUUCUACAAUAUUAACGCCCUCCUUGUGUGGCUCUUUCUGAAUCCUAACACCGCCGAUCCGUUUUACGUGAAGUAUGUGACGCAACUGAUGUCCACUGUGAGGAGGGUUCUGCAGAAUGAGGUGCAGCUGGUGCAGGACCUUCUCAGUGACACGCGCCGAAGUUCACUUGAGGACGAUUUUGUGGAGACAACUCAUAUUGCAUUGGAGACGAUGAAUAGCGAUUGGAACGCUGAUUUGCUGACGCACAGUAUGUGUGAAAAGCUACGCCGCUUCCUACAGGAUUGCUAUUCGUUGAAGAAGCAGGGUGCACCCCUGCAUGGAGAAGUCGACGCACCCAGCACUGAUGCGACAGCAGUGCCGUCACUCACGCCACCCUCGGUUGCAAUGACGACAAGCACACAUGCCAAGGUGCAGGGCCCUCCAUCAACGCUUUCCUCCACUCCCGAGGCGUCAUUUUCGUUUCUCCUCGGCAGGAAGAAGCUUGACCGCCUUCAGCUGUCGGCGAUGAAGUGCGCGGUGCUUCCUGCCGUCAGCACGUCUGUUAUGCGGCGGGUAGGCACGUGUGGGUACACACCACUACAGCCAACAACAGCGCACCUCCUCCUCGUGGGUGACACAUCCACCGUGAAUGCGCAUGUUGUGCGCCUUCCGCCACAAUACACGACGAUGUGGUCUGAUGAGGACCCGACAGAAAAUACGCACGCGCGGCGUCAGCGUGAGCGGCGUGAAGCAUCACAAAGUUCUUCAAAGGGUCUGAGCUUCUACUACGAGGCGCACAUCUCUUUGAAAUUUCUCCUCAGCGAUGUUCCUGCGGGAGCGAACGCAUUCGCCACACUUCCGUCAUCGUCGUGGUGCCGCAUGGAGGACAUGCCACCGCCGCUGCAGACCUCCAGUGUGUUCGUUGGCUGGUGCUCAGAGGAGCACGUGGCGGCUGCCGAUGGGCACUCGAUGCUGCCACCGCUCGGCAGUGACUGCCACUCGUUGGGUAUCUCCUUUGACGUGCUGCACCGCUCUAGAAUAGGUGCCUCCACGGAGGAGAUUAUACUGCGCCCAAUGAGGCACACAAUGGGGCGUGCCACUCCCUUCAUGUCAGUGGAUUCUGAGUCAUGUGAUCAGGAUGCGGAGCGGAGUGUGACGGAUCGAUCAGUGUUGCUGUUGCGAGUGUUGAAUGAAGACUCUGGGCUAUUAAGCGGUGGUGAUUUGGGUCAAUUUUCUAGUGGUCCCUUCUCGUCACCGGUUCACGCGUCGAUGCCGUCAGUUUACUCAUCGUCGUUCCGCGUGUCUUCUACUUCAGAGGCUUCCGAGACAGCACCUACCGUAUCGGUUGGGAGAGAGACAGUUGUUCCUACCGCCAGGCUAAUCAGGAGGACCAUGGAAAGCAGCGAGAUGGAUUUUUUAGGAAGUGGCUCGUCGCAUGGGAACGACGCUUUCGCCAGCGUUCCGGUUGUGCUUACGGAUGUGCCGGUGUACAGUUCGCUCGCUCUUGUCGUUGGAUGUCAAGUUGAUUUCGCCAGUCGCCGCGCGUCCUUCACAGUGAAUGGAACAUCACUUGGCACUGCAUUCACUGCGUUGCCGUCGCCAGUGGAACUUCGGCCCGCUGUGAGUCUUCAGGCCUCCAAAGGAAUCACAACGCUUCUGCAGCGCGAGAACCCCGCUGAUGCGGUGAUUAUCCGCUUCGUAUUUGCCAAGGAUUUACUUCUGGCGCACCACCUGGCGAUGCAGGAUGGCCUCCAAUUUGAAGAAAUGUUUUCUAUGGGAAGGACGAAGACUCCGACACCGGCGACGAUGUUAACAACGGCAUCGAAAGAAGUGAGUGAUGGAGAGGGAGAAGGAGAUGAAGAGGAAAGGAAGAAAAGCAGUGGUGAUCUCAUCCCCGGUGUGCUCCCGAUCACACACCCUCUACUGUUUGACGAGAGCAUGACGCAGUGCGCCCUUAUUCGGCUCCUCACCUGCGCAGAAGCCACCCUCCCAGGCGAUGGGGAGGAUGACGAAAUCCUGCGGAAUGAGAAGGAGACCCUCGUGCUGGGAUCAGCGCUGCGCGUGACAGCUUUGUCUGUUCGACAGUUACUAAACACGACAUCCUCUUCGGAAAGUCUGCUGUUCUUUCCCUCUGUACUGGUGAAGCGCCGCAGUGACGAUGAGGAUAAGCAAUCAAACGGUGUGACAAUUAUUCCGGAGGAUGCCCCAUUGGUGCCGCUGUGCGCCGCACUUGCAUUGAGGCAGCGCAUUCCGGCUUAUAAUAUUGCUCAGCAUCCAUUCACGGAUUUUAGUAGCACUGAUGAAUCAAGUAUACGGCAAAGACGCAUGUCAGUGCUUGCCGCCGCUACGUUAGGCUACGAAGAAGUACUCUACAUUUUGCUUGAGCGUAUAUCUGUUUAUGAGCUCAUUGCAAUGUUCACCCUCAAGCAUACAAACAAUGAAACUGAAAAUGCGGCGCCGGUGGUAAAGGGUACUAGAGUAUUUUCCACCACUAGCUGUCGCACCGUCAACAAUGCGACGAUGCUGCACCGUGUCGAGUACACCCCACUGCACUGUGCCCUUCUUGAGGGUCACCAGGAGUGUGUGCAUCUGUUACUAUAUUACCUGAACCACACACUUUCUGAAGAGUACCGACGGCACGCAGUAAAUGUCAUGACACGUAGCGGUGAGACGGCGCUCUUAAUUGCGUGUCGACACGGUUACACAAGGAUCGCCAAGCGGCUUCUUGCAAUGGGUGCCUCACCCUCCAGUUUUGACCGUAUGAAGCGAGCGAACUGCCUUGAGCUUGCCUGUGCAAGUCGCAGCGAGGAGAUUGCAAGAAUGUUACUGGAGACCCCAGACUACCGAUCACAACUCCUUGUAAACCACGCAGGUGUGGCGUCGCCUCUUUGCUGGUGUGCGUUGAACAACAUUGGCUCCCUUAUUCGUCCUCUGCUCGAGAGCGGCGCAAACCCAAACGUAACCCUAGAUGGCCCCACACCGCUUUUGUUGGCUGUGACAUUUGGCAGUGUGGAUGCGGCGCUGCAACUCCUUGAGUGCUGUGACGCGGCAGUAAGCAGUUUGUCAUCAGACGCUUCAAGCCGCAAUGUUUCGAACCAAUCGCGCGUGACGGAGACAGCCAGCGAUGUAUCUUAUGAUGCCAGCGCAAAGCGAACACUCGCCGUGUUGGACAUCGACGCACUGGACCCACGCUCGCAGUGCAGUGCGCUGCAUAUUGCAUGUGAACUUGGGCAGCUAGAGGUUGUUCUCAGCCUUAUUGCAAAGGGGGCUUCGCUAAACCUGCAGAGUAAAUUGACCUAUGCCAAUCCAUUGCAGAUGGUGAUCAUGAAUGGCCAUGAGAAUCUGGCACUUGAAGUGCUCGAGUACGCCAAGGACAAGCUACGGCGUGGCUUUAACGUACUGGACAUCGCCGCCAUUGAUAAGAAUGCUGACACCGCCCUGCACCACGCCGCACGGGAGGGCAUGCUGCCAGUAAUUGAGUACAUCAUGUUGCAGUUCAGCGAUGAGGAAAUCACACGACUCUGUGGCAUCCGCAAAUUCGCGAGGCGUCCUAAUGCGAUGAGUGUUGUGGCGACAAACCGUAUGGGCCGCACGCCGCUUCUUGUGGCGGUGCAUGCACGCCAGGAGGCGGCCGCGCAGCUCAUCGCGUCGCUUAUGCCGGAAUAUUUGCCGAACCCCGGAGGGCCAGUUAUUGAUGGCACAUGUGUGGCUCUUCUUACCAGUGACUCAGAGGGGCUUGAGGGCUUGACCCUCUUCUUGUUGUCACACCCACGCUACAUCGCUACGGAUGCCUUCCGCGAGAAUUUUUUUAGUCGUUAUAACUCCAAGCGGCUGCGGAUGGAUCAGCGCGAGGAUGGCACCGUCAAUGUAGAAGAGGACGAGAGGCGUCGUGUGGGGUUUCAGGACGCGAAGGAAGACAAGAAGAGGCAACGGAAAAAAUCGCGCGUGGCAGCCGGCGCGCGCCGAGAGCGACAGCGACAGGGAACGCACGUCACGGCGACGCUUAUUGCUAGAGCAAGCAUCACGGCAAUGUGCUCCGCGGGAGGGAAGAGUGCAGCAAAUGAACCGCAAGGAACAGCACUGUCGCGCCGGCGCAGUUCGCAACGAUCAAGAUCACCUCGGUCAGCAAGGCAGCGACGACGCAGUACUUUUGUACAAAUGCUCUUGGCCAAGGGUGGUAGCGGCCCCUCCACGCACAAGGCUAUUGAGUUCCUUGAACGUGGUUUCUCCCUCCAGGAGUUGUAUGCAAUGGUAGAUACCAUCUCCUCUGAGACUUCGCGAACGUCGCAGAGUAUGACUGCCAUGCGGUACGCAGACACCAUAACCAGUUUCCUUUUCGAGUACGGGGAUGUUCGGGUCGCCUCUAGCGAUGCAGUGAUAUUUGCACGGAAGUUACGUGUCGCCCCGACGUUGGUGAAAGGCGUUGACAACACACAGCUAGCCGAUGCCAAGGCAAAACUAUUAGAGAUGCGCACGCUUUGUCGGGAGCUUUUCUCGAUCGUCCGCACUCGUGGGCACCGCUCAGAGUGUGUGGAGGAUAUGCGUCACAUGAUCGUGGAGCGGGGUCUCGUCGGUGCCGCUCUCACCGAGGAGGUGACAUCACCUUUUGGCUACACUUUGCUUCAACUGGCCGCCUCUCUGGGAUUGCCACAUGUGUGCGCGUUCCUGCUUGGCGAGUGUGAGAUGGACCCGUUGUAUGUUCCACCACCACAUCAUGGGGUGCAUACCGCCUCCAAGUGGUUGGUAACGCCAUUCCGCCUUGCGGUGCGCUCUAUUAAUGUGGAGACGGUGUCGGUCUUUUUGUCUGUGGAGCCUCCAUCUGGUGGUGUUCAGGUGUUGCUGGAGCACAGGGAACUUCUUGAGGCUGACGAUAUGCGGCAGACAGUACUGCAGGAACUUGUGUGUAUGGAUUUUGAUACGCUGGCGCCGGAGGUUGGAAUGGACGCGUUGCACGUGCUGCGCCUCCUACUGCGGCACGGGGCGGUUGUACAGGGCAACUAUGACGCAGGGGGAAACGAUGCAUGGUUACUCGUUGUGCGUGCAUCGCCAGGAAAAGGCACCAAGCUGCAGGUGUUUUUUGAUGAGCAGAUGGAUUUGGGCGAUGAAGGUGACGACGACGACGACGACGACGACGAUUCGUUGACAGACGAGGAUGACACUAACGCUGGCCAUAAAGACAAGGGUUUGAGCUCCACAGCUGUGGCUACCGCAAAGACGGGGCGGCCGCAAAGCAUAGAGAGCGCUUCAACAGCGGUCCCGUACGCCAGUGAGGUUGGCUCUAUUCUUCCCCUUAAGAUGGCAAUGAUAGGCAAUGGUGGUGGUGGCAGUAGCGGUAGGGAUGGCGUGGGAAACCCUCGUAUGCGGCGCAACACAUACUAUGCGGAGCUCCUAUUUCUCUGCGCAGAGCACAACCCACAGUCUCUCGUGUCACUGCUUGACCAUUACCCUGGCGUUCUCUCGCCCUCUUUCAUCCACCCUCUGACAGGCGACACGUUGUUACUAUUCCUUCUCCGAAGGGCGGCUAACAUAUACGCAGCUGAGUGCGGCGCAGAAGCCCUUCUCACAUGCGAAACAGGUCGUGAAGAUGUGGUGCAGACCGCACAGCGAUUGAUAUCGGAAGCUGAUCCGACACAGACAGCGUGCGGGGAAAGCUCGUCAUACCGUGACCCAUUCACUAUUCCAAACGUUCGAUGUCUGCUGCUAGUUGUGGAACAGUUGCUGCGGAAGUUUCACUUCAGCAACAUGUACUUUAUACACAACGAUGGGCAAACCGCGCUGGCGGUGGCUGCAUGCAUGAGCUACACCACACUUAUCGCGCUAAUUGUGUCUCCCGGUACUAGAAGUCCGUCGAUGGGUACGCCAACAGAGAAGCCCAACCGAAGCACCGAGCAUAUCAGUAUGGAGUUUGGCACCCAGUCAAGCCUUACCUAUACUUCCUCCGACGCACAUAUCAUCAAUGUGGAGUUAAGGCAAAACUUGGUAAACUUAAACUGCUGGAUGAUUCUUGCCACGCGGUUGUACUACGCUGAAGAAGACAUGGAAACGGUACUUACUAUUGUACGCCAUCUGCCUGACACAGAAACGAGGUUGUCCUUCCUUUCGAUGGUGUACUCUAAUCUGCACCCCAUUGUCGCCCUCCGUGUUGCAGUGUUGUAUGCAAACGAUGUGAAGCGUAUUCUCAUGCAGCCAGAGGCCGUUAAUGCUUUUUGGUGUAAUGUUCUCUACACCCAGUAUGUCGGUCGAUUAGAUGAAGUGGCUGUGACGCCAGCUCAGUGGAACUCACUCCUAAGUGUGCUGCUUCCCACUGCCUCGGCUGUACCAAUCUAUUUGAUCAAAGCGGCAUCAUCUUUUCUGGCAUCCACAUCGGUAGAUACGCUUCUGCCUUCGUCAACAUCCUCUCUAAUUCCUGCUGCAUCAGCGACACUGAAGGAGAGGACGGCGAGUGUCCGCAGCAGCAACAAUUGGAAAUCCAUUCUUAAGAGAACGGAACAGUACACCAGGCAGCUUGUAGCAGCGGCCGUGUACGUGGCAGCCCCGGCGUCAGCUAUUUCCACAUCUCAUGGAGGUGGUAUUGGUGGUGUAAUCCCGAAUUCUCAGCGACACGUCUUGACAGCCAUGGCGGCCCAUUUCUACGAGAUCAUUGAACUAUCAGUUCGCUUUGACAAUGCCUCACUUCUGGCGAAUCUCAUGGAUACGGCGCCUGAAGAACUACGUACCUGUGUCAAGCAUGUCUGGCGUAACUUGAUGGAGGAACACCAAUUGGAAGUAAUUGCCAUCGCCGCUGGUAGCGUCAGUGUGCUAAAACUCUUCUCCGAAUUGCCUGAAACAUCCGCAUACAUUUUCACUGGCCGUUACAACCGCAUCGACGCCGUUACGGGUCUUACUGAAGGUGUAGCUGUGAUGGAGAAUGCAGGUGUAGAAGUGCAACACCAAGGGUCGCGUAACUCUAUGUCAACAAUGAGCAUUCAGCCGGGGCGUAGUGGCGCAGCGGAGCUGUUGUCGCAUUCCUCAACACCGCGUAGAAUAGGUGAUAGGACGGUGAACGCCUCCCCUGAACCCAAACCGAACAGUAAAAGGAUUAAGGAGAGAAGGCACACAACAGUAAACCUUUUGUCUUUUGCCGUCAGCGAGAACGGUACGGACGCGAGUAAGGCGCAGGCCGACGACGGGACGGGUGAGGCCGGGCUUCAGUACAUGGACGUGAUGACGGCAGCCCGCGAGCGGACGACUGCCUCCGCAGUGAUGUGGGGCAUCGGUGCCGCUGCACGGCCUGUGGCACUCCAAGACGGCUCUAAAACAAGUGAUUAUACCCCCGUUCCUCCGCAGCAGUCUUCUUCAGUUGGAGAAGUCAAGAAAAUAAGCAGUGUAAUUCUUGUGGAUUCAGUUGGCAUGCGGUCGCCACAUCCGGUGAGUCGCGAGGGUGGGCGGUCCCUCAUGUCGGGUAGCAGGAAGACGCCAAUGCCGAUGUCAGGAUCGGAGGUGGCGCGUGGCCCAUCGCGAACUUCUCAUCGUGCAACGACGCGCGAUGGGGCAGGUGAAUUGCCUCGCUACUUUGCCUACUAUCUCUGCGACUGGGCGCUUCACACCACACUAAUGCUUCGUGCGCCACAUCCAUCGUCGAAAGCAAUUGACACUUUGCUGCAUCUGAUGGAUGGCCGUAGCCCACUAACCGCCUCCGCAGUGCAGGUAUUCCUUGCCGCGUCGCGGCCGCUGAAUCAUUGGGAGUCGAGCGAUGGCCGGGUUCUUACCAUCAGCUAUGUGACACGAACUCACAGAGACACGAUCCUUCACCUCCUGGUGCAGAACGACCAGCUGCGGCUGGCACGGUACUUCCUCGCCGCCGCCCUGUGCUACUUUACAUGUUACCAAUACGACCCGCCAAGCACCAUGCCACCACAAUUCUCUACAGUUGACCUGCCCAAUACACAGAAGCAGGACAAGGCCUUGCAUAUGGAAAACACGGCGGCAAAUGAGGAGAAGGAUGUGGCAGAAGACGACGAAACCCAUCCCGCUGUGUUUCUACGUAGCAUGCUGCGUCUCAACAAGUACGGCCUCACGCCAUUUGACUAUGCUCGUGGGCCUAUGGUGUCGCUGCUCAUGGAAUACGGCUGUGUGCCACCAUCGUACCGCCCAAAUCCACAGGGAUUCUGUCGUGCGCUCCGCUUAGAAACCGGGCCUGCCGUAUUUCAGUCAGUUCCCCGGCUUCUACUCGUGUCCGCGAACUUCAUUGUACUUCGUGACGAAGCAGGGGGGAAGCCGACGAAACGCCAGCUGGAAAGCAGGUCAAAAGACAUCCCUGAUACGGCGCUGAUACGGAGUCAAACAUUUAGCCAGCAUGCCACCAGAACAAUUUUUUUACCGAUGUUACUCACGGAUGACGUGAGUCUCCUACAUCUUGGUCUUUGCUCCGCCGAUGAUGAGCUCGUGCUGCAGCAGAUUAAUGACAAGCGUCAGCAGCAGAUUAGAAGUAUACAAGUGACGCCGACACCGCGAGCAUCACCGAUGCCUCCGACGCCUUCUUCAACGCUCCACUCGCAACGACAGCGAAAUAUGAACAAGUCCUGGAACUCCACUUCAAAGAAUGCAACCCUCACGGAAGCCUUGGGCACGCGCAGAAGGUCUGACAAGGAGCUCCCGACUGCACUGAAGCUUCUCGAUUUGCUACGCGAGCGCGGCUUCAUUGCGUUUCCCCUUCUUCUUCCCAUAACGGAUGAAAUGGGCUUCCCAACAGACGACGCAGCGAAUAAAGACGGCACAGCAAUCCUUGUCUCCCUAACGCCAAUGGCACUUGCCGGUCUCACAGGCGCAGUCAAGCGCGCCGACGGCUCCCCUUCUCCGUCACCAACGAAGCGCCGCUCAAGCAGCCCGGCUGUUCGCCGUGGCAGAAACAGUGUGACCAAUGACCAGCUGCCAACGCUUUCACGCUUUACAGCAACAGCGGAGAAAGAACGCCAGUCCGCCGAGGCACUGGAAGCGUGGACAACAGCACGGCGCGGCGCCAAGCCCACUGCACCUGGUAAAAUACAGAAUAUGAAUGUGCUUCUCAAAGCGCUCACAAGUGGUGCUAUAGGCCGUGCGAUUCGCUCCCUCUCACUUAUCACCGCACCGUCGUACGAGAAGCGCAUGUGCGUUUAG